CGACCCGUCUCUGUCAGCGCGCCUAUGAUUCACCAGCUGAUGUUCACUUCCCGUUGAGGAAGUUGACUUGAAAAAAGUGGAGAAGAAAAGAAGGGCAGCCCACAAUACAUGGAGCAGUGCGAUUCCUUAGCUUUUUAAAAACGAAAUCCCUCUCAAUGGUUAGUAAUACUCAUGUAGAAUCUCAUGAGUACAGCGUCAAAACUUGUUUUCAUCAAGGAUACAACUGAAAAGGAUGUCAAUGCGGCCUCGGAACAGAGACGUUUGCGCUGAUUGCAGCGCUCCUGGGCCAACAUGGGCAUCGGUGAACCGUGGUGUCCUCAUCUGUGAUGAGUGCUGCAGUAUCCACCGCGGCCUGGGCAGGCACAGCUCCCAGGUCCGACACCUGACACACACGUCAUGGCCGCAGUCCCAGCUGCAGAUGGUUCAGACAUUGUACAACAAUGGGGCGAAUUCCAUUUGGGAGCAUAGUCUUCUGGAUCCCUCCUCUGUGAUGACUGGGAAACGCAAAGCCAAUCCUCAAGACAAAGUACACCCCAACAAAACAGACUUCAUUAAGGCAAAAUAUCAGAUGCUGGCCUUUGUGCACCGGAUGCCCUGUCGUGAGGAUGACAGCGUCACUGCAAAAGACUUGAGCAAGCAACUUCACUCUAGUGUGAGGACGGGCAAUCUGGAGACUUGCCUACGGCUGCUGUCUUUGGGAGCACAGGCCAACUUCUUUCAUCCUGAGAAAGGGAACACUCCUCUACACGUGGCCGCCAAAGCAGGCCAGCUUUCUCAGGCUGAGCUCUUGGCUGUGUAUGGGGCCGACCCAGGUGCCCCUGAUGCCAACGGCCUCUCACCCAUCGACUAUGCCAGGCAAGCUGGUCACCAUGAUCUUGCUGAUCGGUUGGUAGAGAUCCAGUUUGAGCUCACAGACAGGCUGGCAUUUUAUCUGUGCGGAAGGAAACCAGAUCAUAAAAAUGGACAGCAUUUCAUCAUUCCACAGAUAGCUGACAGGAAUGAUGGUCUGGAUUUGUCUGAAUUGGCAAAAGCGGCAAAGAAGAAGUUGCAGUCCCUCAGCAACCACCAGUUUGAGGAGUUAGCCAUGGACGUGUAUGAUGAAGUGGACAGAAGGGAAACUGAUGCUGUAUGGCUGGCCACGCAGAAUCACAGCACCCUGGUGACAGAAACGACUGUGGUCCCUUUCCUUCCGGUCAACCCUGAGUACUCUUCCACUAGAAAUCAGGGUCGUCAGAAACUGGCUCGAUUCAAUGCUCAUGAGUUUGCCACUCUGGUCAUCGAUAUUUUAACUGAUGCCAAACGUCGCCAACAGGGGACCUCUUGUGAGAAUGCCAAAGAAAACGUGGAGCUUAUCCUGAAGGGCAUUGACAACCGGCACGGUAGCGAGAGUCAGGACGUGGACCAGCCAGAUUACGAUAGCGUGGCGUCUGACGAGGACACGGAGAGGGAACCGGCUUCUGGGAAAGAGGAACGGACCAAGAGCUCGGAGUCCUCUGACCUGUCGGAUGGCCCAAUCACGGUCCAGGAGUUUAUGGAGGUCAAGAGCGCUCUCAACGCCUCGGAGGUGAAGAUCCAGCAGCUGCUGAAGGUGAACUGUCACCUGAGUGAAGAGUUGAGGACGAUGCAGAACAAGGUACUCAAAUGCCGGUCAAAGUCAAAUAUAGUGGAUGUUCAGAAGCACUUUGCCUGUAGUUACUGACUCACUUUCUUCAAAGAGGCAGUCACUUUGAUCACAGUGAUUGAUCAAGUUAUGGGUGCAUUUGACUCCAAAAUAAUCUGUUGCAGCCCCUGGUGCCGUGUCUGUUAGCUUCAAUAAUGUGAAAAACUAUGAUGACCACCACCGCCCUCUGCAUUGCAGAACUUCCUGGUAUUGUUUGAUGUGAAUGACAAGUUUGUGCGGCUGUGAACAAUAUGCUUAUUUUAGAGAAUGAUGUUGCCAAGGCUGAAUGCAUGCUAUGGCUAUGUUUAGACUGAGGAGGAAGUGGUUUGUCGCUGAUCUGUCUGUUUUCUCACUGCAACUUGUUCUCCGGGUAUGUUAUUGGGCAAUUAUUAGGUAUUCAUUUGAAAUAAAAGGUCAGACAAUAUUUUCGUUUUAUGGUCUUCUACGAACAUUGAUACAGUAAGUAGAACGUUUAAGCUACAUUGUAGACUGGUCGAAACCUAAAACAAGUACCCACAUCAGUUCUGUUUAUGUGAGCUAAACAGUCAUGUAGGCCAACUAACGGAACCGUUCCCACCAGCGCCAGCACUUCUCAACCACCUGCCCCCUUCGUUUGUUUUCCCCUAAUUCUGUUUGCACUGUAAGCAGAGGAACCAGAUUAUCUGCUCCACUCUUUGCAAAUAAGACAUGGGAAUUGUUUACAAACAUCACUCUCACUCAAUGUUUAUUUG